CGGGCGGCGGCGAGGGGGGCGGGGACCCGCCGCGAGUGGCCGCGAGCAGGAAGUGAGCUGGGGCCGCCCGGGGAAACACACUGGGCCAGUUCUGCGGCUGACAUGUCCGGGACGCUUGGAGACAUGGAGGAGGCCGGAGGGGGCGGAGGAAAUGACCGUGUGCGGAACCUGCAGAGUGAGGUGGAGGGAGUCAAGAACAUCAUGGCCCAGAAUGUGGAGCGGAUCCUGGCCCGAGGAGAGAACCUGGACCAUCUCCGCAACAAGACAGAGGACCUGGAAGCCACAUCCGAGCACUUCAAGACCACAUCACAGAAGGUGGCUCGGAAGUUCUGGUGGAAGAACGUGAAGAUGAUCGUCCUUAUCUGCGUGAUUGUGUUUAUCAUCGUCCUAUUCAUUGUGCUCUUUGCCACUGGUGCCAUCCCGACAUAGAGCGCCCCUCUCGCCUCACUGGGGUGGCCAAGAGGGACCCUCUCUCCUGUCCUUCUCCACAGGGAAUGCUGCUCAGUCCUCCUACCCCUCACUCUGUGGCUCCUCUGUCCCCGAGGGCACUCUGCUCCCCCAGAAGGAGAGAGCUGGACUGUGGCUGUUUCAUGGGUCCUCAGAGUUGGUUGGAGAGACCAAGAGGGUCUGGCAUGGGGCUGGUAAACUGUUAGUGGCUGAUGGGCAAUAAAGACCUUUCAUUGUC